ACAAAACAGCAUACAACACGCAAUAACACCUCCACUAUGUGACAGUCAGUGAAACAUCAUUUCAGGAAUUUCAGUUUUAAGCAGUUUUACAUCCAGUGCCACUUUGUCGGCCGGUCGAAGACUGACCUUCGGCCGUGACGCGCGCGCUUUUUAUUUUGGGCUUCCAUCUCUUUUGCGACCUUUUCUAAAAUUUGGCGCUGCCGAAAUCAAUAUUCGAAAAUCCCGCGCUCAAGUUUGACAGUCUUGCUUAUAUCGGCUAUGUUCAUUCCGUAUAGUGCAGUCACUUAUGUGUAUAUGGAGGGCGACGUAGGUGCGGAAUAUGGCUUUGAUUUUAUAGCGAAAUUGUUGGAAAAUUCGGCUGUUUUGUUGAUAGUGAUUAUUUCGAUAAUGGAAGGAAGAACUUUUCACUAAGAAAUAUCAAAGAAUGUUGGAGUGAAUCUUUGGAUUUGGAACCAUGAAUUUUUAUCAAGUUUGGAUACUUGUAAUCUAUAUUGUAGUGCAAUAUUUCUGUGAAAUUUGUAAUACGCAGCUGCUUAUAAAUGUUAGAAAUCAGGGUGGAGAUAUCUUACAAGAAAUCAUAACGUCCAAUAUUACAGAAGAUGUGAUAACUUUGGAGUUUCAGCGAUCCGAUGGAACUCUAGUCACUUGGCUUGUUGACUUCAAAAAUGAAGCUCAAGUUAUCAAAGCCUUAGUCUUAGGCGAAGAAGAACGAGGUCAGAAUCAAUUUCAAAUUAUGUGCUUUGUGAAUCACUUUUUUAAAAUGGAUUUUAUAUCAUCCGAUGCCAUGGCAAAACUAAGGCAGAAAAAUCCUGGUACAGUCAGAGUAGCUGAGGAAGACAAAGGUCAUGCCAAUUAUACAAUGGACUUGUUUUUAGAUGUAUCUCAAUCUAGCAUAGUCUCAAAACAUAUAAGUGAUUUGUGUGCCGAUGCAGCAGAAACUACAUACACAAGAAACGAAGAUCUUAAACAAUGGGGUCAGAGACCUGGUUCAAUAGAAUCAUCACUUUUAGUAGCUGUACAUAAUUUUACUACUACAUCAACUCUUCAAGCACAAAGUGAUCAUGGAAAAUCUUCACUGAUAUCAAAAUGUGUGGAUGUAGCAAAUCUAUGGGCACCAUGCACAUGCUCAUUAGAAUUAUGUAUUGGUUGGUAUCCAUGUGGACUGAAAUUUUGUAAAACUAAACCUGAUGGAAAAAAAGCAGCUAGUUCAUAUCGUUGUGGUAUAAAAACUUGUAAGAAAUGCUUUAUGUUUUCUUAUUACUCUAAAAUGAAACAAAAUUGUCUAUGGGAUGAAUGACAUUUAAGGACAUCUUAAUAACAAAUUUGACAGAUUAAUUCAAAUGGAACAAGAACCAGUGUCAAAGAGAAACUUACAUAAUUUCUUCUUUAAAGUUACAGUAUAUUGACUCAAAGUUUUAAUGAACUACAAAUAAUUGAUGUAUAACAACGUUAUAUAAUAACAACGUUGUAAUACUUGUACACACAAAUCACUUAAUAAUUCCAUUGUUUAUUUAUACUCAUUAAGAAAUGAGUAUUGCGUAUAUUACACAUUCCAGUGUAAAAUAUUUUGCUCUUAAAAUCAUAUUUCCAAUUUUUUUUAAUGAAUAUUUUUAACCUAGCAACAAAAUAACUCAGCUAUUGUUCUCGAAAUAAAAAAAGACUUGAACAUGUUCAUGACACAUAAUGAAGUAUUUUAGAAAGACUGUUAAAUCUGUCCAAAAAUAAUUUUAUAAGCUUUGAUAAAAAGUGAGCUUGGAUUUUAUUUGCAUUCCAGUUUUUGGAUUAUUUUGUUUUUGUUAUCUAAUAAUAAACUGUAUUUUUUGUUCGAGUAUGAAAGUCAAUUUCAAUGAAACAUUCAUAUAACAAUUGAAUAUUGUCGCCGAUUGUCACGGUUUAUAAAAUCGAAAUUAUCAAUUAGAUCAAUUACAAUGUUAUGAUAAAAUAAACUAAUAAAUGAUUGGGGAUAAAAUAAUAUUUAGUCAAGCGCAUCAGGAUCUAGCUGUGCAAAAGCUAUGAAUAUUUCUACUUAAAAUUGUAAAUUAAAAAAAUGUGAACUUAUAUUGUAUUAAUAUUAAGAGUUCUACAAUUAUUCAGGCUGUAUGAAUUUUAUCAUAACAUUGUAGAUCGAAGGUUAGCAAUAUGUACAUACGUUUGUAUAUACAUGAAUAAAAAAUUAGAUUCCUAGAUAGUCAAAAUGUAAGUCAAAUUUUCAAACCAUGUACAAUGUUUUGAAGCGAAAUAAGCUAGUAAUGUGCCAUUGUCAUCCCUUUUUACAAUGAGAAAAAUGUCAACUUAGGGAAUAGGAUUAAAAAAAAGAAAAACUAUUGUAAAUUAUUACUUGAUGCGAUUCAAAACCA